AUGUGGUCAGGCCCCCAAAAAGCAAUAAACAACAUCAGCUUCAAGCCUCGUCAAUAUUCUAAAAAAUCCCCAGACAAAACCCCGGCCUCUCUUUCCAUCUUUCCCUUCUCCCAACCCUACCCUAUCCCUCAUACACCUCUCCCAUCCACACCUCUCUCCAAUAUUAUCCAUCACAAUGUUAGAUUUACCCCCCGACCUCCCAGACUACCUUCUCACCGCAACCCUAACCGUCCUCCUCCCAACAACAUCCCUAAUUCUAACCCCCAAAAAUUCCCCCCUCCGCUACAUAACCCUAGCAACUAUUACGUACCUCUCAUCCCGCUUCAUCAAGGCCACUCCAGAUCCAUCCACCUCCUCCUGAUCAAGCGUCUAGACGACCGCGACAUUGCGCGCGAAAUCCCCCACCGCGCAUUCUUCCGCUCUGAUAGACUCUGGCAUGCGGCCGAGGCCCUCAUCCAGCCGCGUGGUGUCAACACGCCACGGGAAGUUAAGAAUAUUCCCGCGCACCCGGGUUAUUAUGCGUCCCGCCAGACUGCGAAGGAUGGCGCCAGUGACCCUAUUCCCCGUGGUCAGUUUCUGACACGGCAAAUCAGCAUUUUCAUAUGGCAGUAUCUAGUAUUGGAUAUCUUGCAGACGGUGGCUCGAGAACAAGCCCUCCGAGAUGGUGGUGGUGGGUUUCGUGGAUUCACACGUAUAGAUUGGUUUAUAUCCCCGGAAGAAUGGCUUCAACGCGGUCUCACGAAUUUGAUAACUUGGUUCGUGGCGACCAGAAUCUUGAUCGAUGCGAAUUAUCGAUUCGCCUCUAUCAUUUUUGUGGGACUUGGAUGGGAUGGCCCUGAGAAUUGGCCGCCGGCAUUUGGCCGGAUGAAGGAUGUUUACACGGUUCGGAAAUUUUGGGGAAAAUUCUGGCAUCAAUUCCUCCGCGGAUCGUUCCAGGGAAUAAGCAAUUUCAUCGCGAGAGAUAUCCUGCAUCUUCCCCGGCCGUCAAUUCUAGAGCGAUACACGAAUAUCUUCAUCGUGUGCUUCCUCUCGGGCAUUCUACACGUUUGGACAGAUUACGUCCAAAACAUUCCAUUCGAGAACUCGGGCGCCUUGAUCGGGUUCACCAGCACCGCGCUCGCGAUCAUGUUCGAAGAUGGCGUGCAACACCUUUGGAAACGCUUCAGCCCACCGACUGAGAAGAAAGAUUCCAGUGAAGACGAUUUACCGCCGCUGUGGCAGAGGGUUGUGGGUUAUGUUUGGACGUUGACUUGGUUGGGCGUUACUUCGACGUGGUUUCUUUAUCCUAACAAUGAGUUGCCGAAGGAGCAUGCGAUGAUUGUUCCGGUGAGCUUGGCGGAGAGGGUUGGUAUGCAGCCUCUGGGGGGCGUUGUUUUGGGGACUGGGUUGUUGGUGGGAUAUCUCUUCAAGGCUGAGAUUUGAGAUGUUUUGUUCGUGUGAAUGGAGUUGCGGUCGAUGUGUGUUGAAACCUGGUUCGCAUGUAUAGAAAUCAGUAUGGUAUAGAUCAUUUGAUGAUGCUUAUAAGGAUUGAGAAAGGAGAGUCUACAAAAAGGAGUGAGAGCAUAUCUGUCCAUGGGCAUAACCGAG